GUGGCUUGUGCCCCUGGUGCUGGGCAAGCUCGAUCCUCAAUUCUUCGCCCACGCUCUCAGAUCCGACAGGCUUUCUUUGAUACCGUGGAUCAACUCCAGUGGCACGGUUCCUCUCUGACAUACUUCUCGUCCCCUCGAAGCACCAGAUUUCUAGUUUUCUUAGCCUUUUUUUGAUUCCUGCUUGCGCACUUUCUUAGGGGUAACUGGCAUUUCUAGUAAGUUAAGGUUGCCCUGUUGUGGUCCCUAUGAUGCCGAUAGUCGUAAGGUGAUUUAUAUGAUUGCAGCCAAUAAAGCAAGGUCUCACCGAGGAGCUUAUUGGGUCGUUUUAGAGGAUCAAGCCUUUUUGAGAGGAGCUGAUAACGGACACUUAAUUCUACGAUCGCUACACGGACUAUUGACAGUAAAGUUUGAGAGAGUCUAAACCACUUGACCUUUCGAUAGAUAGUGACGAUGUUGCCGCAGCUGCCAUUGUUGUUGCAUUGGCGCUUCUCAUCGUCCUCCUUUAUGAAGAUGGCUUCUGGCGACUGCUCUGGGUGGCAUUGUUUGGCUACUUUCGACUGCUCUGGGUGGCAUUGCUAAGCUUUUGGCCAUUGCUCUUGGGGGUGUUAAGGCUUAGCUACUGGCUUCUGCUCCGGGUGGCAUCCAUCACCAUGAUUUUAUUGAUCGUAUUGGCAAUGAAGGUUGUUGAUUGGGUACGUGAUAGGUCAGAGGUUGCCCGUGCACCGAUAUCGACGGAAGAGUCAGCAAACCACGGUGGACCCCAGAAGUUCUCCUAUGAGGAGUUGAGGAUGGCCACCAAUUCUUUUGCAAAUGACCAGAAAUUGGGAGAAGGAGCGUCCGGGAUCGUGUACAAAGGGCAUAUAGGAGAGGCUCGCACACCGGUAGCUGUGAAGAAAAUAAUCUCUGGUGCACACCAAGGGAUAACGGAUUAUAUAUCUGAGGUGAUCUCAAUGAGCCAACUUAGUCACGAAAACUUGGUGACACUUAUAGGCUAUUGUCACGAGGCGAAUAUACUCGCCCUGGUUUACGAAUUCGUUGGAGGAGGUAACUUGUACGAUCAUCUGUUUAAACGCAGCUCCUUGUUGACAUGGGAAAGGAGGUACAACAUCGCUUUGGGAUUAGCCUCAGCACUGUGCUACCUGCACAAAAAAAGGCCUCAUUGUGUGAUUCAUAGAGAUAUCAAAUCCAGCAACGUUAUGCUCAAUGAAGCGUUCAUAGUCAAAUUGGGAGAUUUCGGCUUGGCUAAGCUCGGCCACCACAACAGAGAGCAAAGGACAACCCGAGUGGUAGGAACACCGGGUUACUGGGAUCCUGAAUACCAUCAAACGAGGAAGGCAAGCAAAGAAUCCGACAUCUACAGUUUUGGAGUUGUCCUUUUGGAAAUAGUACGUGGGAGAAGAGCCGUCGACCUAAAACGAGACCCAGAAAACCUUGUAGUGUGGGUUUGGGAGCAAUAUGGGCCCACGAAGUUGCUCGAUGCCGUGGACACAAGGCUUGGCAGAAAUUUCGACAAGAAACAGGCGAAAGCUUUGAUGAUCGCGGGGCUGUGGUGUGCCCAUCCCGUUGCUAGGUCUCGGCCUUCGAUUGAAACGGCAAUGGACGUUUUAAACUUGAAGGCAGAGCCUCCCAAGCUCCCGCGGAAGAUGCCAGCAUAUUUCUAUUGAUCGAAAGGUCUCGUCUGGAUGUGUUUGACUUUAAGCAAAUGCCUCGAUGAUGUCUAUCUUUUAUUUUAUUCGAAAAUGAUGUCUUUUGAAGGGGGAUAUAUGUGUAUAUCACUGAAAUAAAGGUUAUUCUCAAAAAGCUGUUGUA